AUGAUCUCCAAGUCAGCAAAAUCAAAGAAAAAUCCAUCUGCGGAAGAUCCAAGAUUACCCAAUUUCAUAAGGGUCUCUUACAGAGACCUUCACAGAGUAACUGGUGGAUUCUCCUCAGAGUACUUAAUUGGCUCGGGCGGGUUUGGCAUGGUCUACAAAGGGAAGCUGGAUGAAAUCAACCCACCAGUAGCUGUUAAAGUGCUGAAGCUGGAAAACAGGGAUGCUUACAAGAGCUUGGCAACAGAACUAAAUGCAUUGAGAAGCAUUAGACAUCGGAAUCUUGUAGGGGUUAUGUCAUAUUGUUCCAGUUUGGACCACAAUGGUGAUGAAUUCAGAGCUCUAGUCUUCGAAUACAUGAAGAACGGAAAUUUGGAUAAGUGGCUGCACCCUAUGGACGGCUCCCCCAAACUGAGCCUUGUCCAAAGGCUUGACAUUGCAGUAGAUGUGGCAUCUGCCCUGCAUUAUCUUCACGACCUCUGUGAAACUCCAAUCGCUCACUGUGAUUUGAAGCCGAGUAAUGUGCUUCUCGACGAAGACAUGGUUGCCCAUUUGAGCGAUUUCGGCAUUUCCAGAAUUCUUUCAACCAAGGAUACAACGUUAUCUGGAACAAGCACCAUUGGUAUCAAAGGAACAGUUGGUUAUACUCCUCCAGAGUAUGGAAUGGGCAGUGCAGCAUCGAAAGAAGGUGAUGUGUACAGCUUCGGAAUUCUACUGCUGGAGUUGUUUUCUGGGAGAAGACCCACGGACCACUUGUUCGGGGAGAGUCCGAAUCUUCGAGACUUCAUGAUAGCAGGGCUGCCCGAUACGAUAUCCAGAGUAGUGGAUCCAGUGCUCUUCCUCGGUGGAGACAUGACUGAAGCAGUGGAGCAAGAUGGAGGCGACGAGAUCACAGAAGUGGUAGAACUGCAACACAGAGAGAGUAACUUUAAAGAGGCGACCUUAAUGAGGUCUAUUCAAUACCACGAUUGCAUAGUUUCACUUGUCGAGAUCGGAAUAGCUUGUUCUCUGGAAGCAGCGCCAGAACGGUUGAAGAUGGCGGAUGUUUCUCAGAGGCUAGAGUGCAUUAGGGAUGCUUUUGUCACAAAUAACAUUCGGCGUCGACCCAGAGAGCGGCAAGAGAGGUCGUAA